CUGCACUACGGGACCCUCCUGGGCAGCAGAGCUUGUGCCCACAUGGCAGCAGCUGCCUGGGCCAGUGCCUUUCUCCAUGCUCUGCUGCACACAGCCAAUACAUUUUCCCUGCCCCUGUGCCAGGGCAAUGCCCUGGGCCAGUUCUUCUGUGAAAUCCCCCAGAUCCUCAAACUCUCCUGCUCACACUCCUACCUCAGGGAACUUGGGCUCAUUGCUGUUGGUGUCUGUUUAGCACUUGGCUGCUUUGUGUUCAUUGUUUUCUCCUAUGUGCAGAUCUUCAGGGCUGUGCUGAGGAUCCCCUCUGAGCAGGGAAGGCACAAAGCCUUUUCCACCUGCCUCCCUCACCUGGCUGUGAUCUCCCUGUUCCUCAGCACUGUCAUUUUUGCCUACCUGAAGCCCCCCUCCAUCUCCUCCCCAUCCCUGGAUCUGGCCCUGUCAGUUCUGUACUCAGUGGUGCCUCCAAAGCCCCCAAAAGCGGCUCCGGAUUCCCUGAUUGCUCCCAGCGCCACAGAUUCCCGUUACAACCACUUCUGGGAAUUAAUCUUCUGUCACCUCCCGCGGCCCCAUAGCCCCAUACAACGCAGUUUCACGUUUAAAACACCCGCCGUGUUCCGCGCCCUACAGGGCCCCGUUAGACCUCCCUAA